AUAUUGUCCAUUCUACAAAGAAAAACCCCCUCGAUAUUUGCCUGUCCUGGGAAUGUUAGUCAUUUAGAUUUUUUAUUUUACAGAUAAUUAGUGUAAGAAUCUAGAUUUCUUUUAAAUUCUAUUGAUAUAACAGUUGUAAGUACUGCCAACAAUUCUUGCAAGUUGAGGCAUACCUUUGCUGAGGAACUAUUAUAAAUGAAACUAUUUUAAUCCAGUGCUGUGUUUAGUGACAGAAUGCAUUUAUUUUGAACGGUAAACUCUUGGUCUGAUAGGAUGUUGUGAUAGCGUAGCGUACUUUUAGAUGAACAGUCAACUAGAUUACCCUUGUUUGACAAGACAUGUUUGAAAACCUAGAUAGACUAUGCUUCAAUGUGGUCUUGCUUACAAUCUUCCAGCUUUUGUUAUGACAUUUGUUAGUGGGGGACUACAAUACAGACGUAAAAUGGUUCUGUACCAAGUCUACCUUAUCCAGGAAGUACCAUGCGGUCAGAAUACCUAUUUUACAAGGGAGACAUGACCUAGAUGGCAGCUUAAAAUAUAUGUCAAAGAAUGCCUUACUGUAUGGUGAGUUUUCAGUACUUUGUUCUUACCAGCACCAUUAGUGUCAAUGUUUGUCCCACAUUUUAAACCCUAACCCUAAGCACGGAGUUGCAUGGUGAUGGCUGGCCGGCCUAUUGCCACUGCCAAUUUGAAGUGAGCACUGAGCUCAGAUUAUCCACAUACCUGACACACACUUCAUGCAGGCAUUUUAAAGGAGCCAUCUGUAUCUGGUGGUGUAGGCUAGUACCUGUUCUGUUUAAUCAAAUCAAAUGUUAUUUGUUACAUACACAUGGUUAGCAUAUGUUAAUGCAAGUGUAGCGAAAUGCUUGUGCUUCUAGUUCUGACCAUGCAGUAAUAUCUAACAAGUAAUCUAACAAUUUCACAACAACUACCUUAUAAACAAGUGUAAAGGAAUGAAUAAGAAUAUGUACAUAAAAAUAUAUGGAUGAGCGAUGGCCGAACGGCAUAGGCAAGAUGCAGUAGAUGGUAUAGAGGACAGUAUAUACAUAGGAGAUGAGUAAUAGGUAUGUAAACAUUAUAUAAAGUGGCUAGUGAUACAUUUAUUACAUCCAAUUUUUCAUUAUUAAAGUGGCUAGAGAUGAGUUAGUAUGUUGGCAGAAGCCACUCAAUGUUAGUGAUUAACAGUCCGAUAGAAGCUGUUUCUCAAUCUCAAGGCUGUCUCGGUCCCAGCUUUGAUGCAACUGUACUGACCUCGCCUCCUGAAUGAUAGCAAGGUGAACAGGCAGUGGCUCGGGUGGUUGUUGUCCUUUGAUCUUUUUGGCCUUCCUGUGACAUCGGGUGGUGUAGGUGUCCUGGAGGGCAGGUAGUUUGCCCCCGGUGAUGCGUUGUGCAGACCUCACUACCCUCUGGAGAGCCUUACGGUUGUGGGCGGAGCAGUUGCCAUACCAGGCGGUGAUACAGCCCGACAGGAUGCUCUCGAUUGUGCAUCUAUAAAGGUUUGUGAGUGCUUUUGGUGACAAGCCGAAUUUCUUCAGCCUCCUGAGGUUGAAGAGGCGCUGCUGCGCCUUCACCAUGCUGUCUGUGUGGGUGAACCAUUUCAGAAUGUCCGUGAUGCGUACGCCGAGGAACUUAACUUUGCACCUUCACUACUGUCCCGUCGAUGUGUAUAAGGGGCUGCUCCCUCUGCUGUUUCCUGAAGUCCACGAUCAUCUCCUUCGUUUUGUUGACAUUGAGUGUGAGGUUAUUUUCUUGACACCACACUCCGAGGGCCCUCACCUCCUCCCAGUAGGCAGUCUCAUCUGCAAACUUGAUGAUUGAGUUGGAGGCGUGCUUGGCCACGCAGUCAUCAGUGAACAGGGAGUACAGGAGGGCUGAGAACGCACCCUUGUGGGGCCCCAGUGUUGAGGAUCAGCGGGGUGGAGAUGUUGUUUCCUACCCUCACCACCUGGGGGCUGUCCGUCAGGAAGUCCAGGACCCAGUUACACAGGGCGGGGUCGAGACCCAGGGUUAAUGACGAGUUGAGGGUACUAUGGUGUUGAAUGCUGAGCUGUAGUCGAACAGCAUUCGUACAUAGGUAUUCCUCUUGUCCGGAUGGGUUAGGGCAGUGUGAUUGCGAUUGUGUUGUCUAUGGACCUAUUGGUGUUGUAUGUGGACCUAUUGGGGCGGUUAGCAAAUUGGAGUGGGUCUAGGGUGUCAGGUAGGGUGGAGGUGAUAUGAUCCUUGACUAGUCUCUCAAAGCAAUUCAUGAUGAAGGAAGUGAGUGCUACGGGGCGAUAGUCAUUUAGCUCAGUUACCUUAGAUUUCAUGGUAACAGGAACAAUGGUGGCCCUCUUGAAGCAUGUGGGAACAGCAGACUGGGAUAAGGAUUGCUUGAAUAUGUCUGUAAACACACCAGCCAGCUGGUCUGCGCAUGCUCUGAGGAAGCGGCUACGGAGGCCGUCUGGGCCGGCAGUCUUGCGAGGGUUAACUCGUUUAGAUGUUUUACUCACGUUGGCUGCAGUGAAGGAGAGCCCGCAGUGUCGGUGGCGCUUUAUUGUCCUCAACGCGAGCAAAGUUGUUUAGUUUGUCUGGGAGCAAGACAUCGUGGUCCGCGAUGGGGCUGGUUUUCUUCUUGUAGUCCGUAAUUGACUGUAGACCCUGCCACAUACCUCUCGUGUCUGUGCUGUUAAAUUUUGACUACUUUCUCUAUACUGACGCUUAGGUAGUUUGAUUGCCUUGUGAAGGAAAUAGCUACACUGUUUGUAUUCAGUCAUGUUUCCGGUCGUCUUGCCCUGAUUAAAAGCAGUAGUUUGUGCUUUCAGUUUUGCGCGAAUGCUGCCAUCAGUCCACGGUUUCUGGUUGGGAAGGUUUUAAGUCGCUGUGGGUACAACAUCACCAAUGCACUUGCUAAUAAACUCUCUCACCUAAUCAGCGUAUUCGUCAAUGUUAUUGUCCGACGCUAUGUGAACAUAUCCCAGUCCACGUGAUCGAAGCAAUCUUGAAGCGUGGAAUCUGAUUGGUCGGACCAGCGUUGAACAGACCUGAGCACGGGCGUUUCCUGUUUUAGUUUCUGUCUAUAGGCUGGGAGCAACAAAAUGGAGUCCUGGUCAGAUUUUCCAAAAGGAGGGAGGGGGAGGGCUUGUAUGCGUCGCAGAAGUUAGAAUAACAACGAUCCAGUGUUUUGCCAGCCCGGGUCGUAUAUUAGAUAUGCUGAUAGAAUUUAGGGAGCCUUGUUUUCAGAUUAGCCUUGUUAAAAUCACCAGCUACAAUAAAUGCAGCCUCAGGUUGUGGUUUCCAGUUUACAUAGAGUCCAAUGAAGUUCUUUCAGGGCCGUCGAUCUGUCUGCUUGGGGGGGGGGAUAUACACGACUGUGAUAAUAAUUGAAGAGAAUUCUCUUGGUAAAUAAUGCGGCCGGCAUUUGAUUCUAAGGAAUUCUAGGUCAGGUGAACAAAAGGACUUGAGUUCCUGUAUGUUGUUAUGAUCACACCACGUCUCGUUAAUCAUAAGGCAUACACCUCCGCCCUUCUUACCAGAGAGAUGUUUGUUUCUGUUGGCGUGAUGCGUGAAGAAACCAGAUGGCUGUACCGACAUAACGUAUCCUUAGUGAGCCUCGUUUCCGUGAAACAAAGAACGUUACAAUCUGUCUCUCUGGAAGGCAACCCUUGCUCUGAUUUCGUCUACCUUGUCAAGAGACUGGACACUGGCGAGUAGUAUACAGUUGUGGCCAAAAGUUGAAUGACAAAUAUUAAUUUCCACAAAGUUUGCUGCUUCAGUGUCUUUAGAUUUGUCAGCUGUUACUAUGGAAUACUGAAGUAUAAUUACAAGAUUUUCAUAAGUGUCAAAGGCUUUUAUUGACAAUUACAGGAAAUGGAUGCAAAGAGUCAAUAUUUGCAGUGUUGACCCUUCUUUUUCAAGACCUCUGCAAUCCGCCCUGGUAUGAUGUCAAUUAACUUCUGGGCCACAUCCUGAUUGAUGGCAGCCCAUUCUUGCAUAAUCAAUGCUUGGCGUUUGUCCGAAUGUGUGUUUGUCCACCCGCCUCUUGAGGAUUGACCACAAGUUCUCAAUGGGAUUAAGGUCUGGGGAGUUUCCUGGCCAUGGACCCAAAAUAUCAAUGUUUUGUUCCCCGAGCCACUUAUUUAUCACUUUUGCCUUAUGGCCAGGUGCUCUGUCAUGCUGAAAAAGGCAUUGUUCGUCACCAAACUGUUCCUGGAUGGUUGGGAGAAGUUGCUCUCAGAGGAUGUGUUGGUACCAUUCUUUAUUCAUGGCUGUGUUCUUAGGCAAAAUUGUGAGUGAGCCCACUCCCUUGUCUGAUAAGCAACCCCACACAUGAAUGGUCUCAGGAUGCUUUACUGUUGGGCAUGACACAGGACUGAUGGUAGCGCUCACCUUGUCUUAUCCGGACAAGCUUUUUUCCGGAUGCCCCAAACAAUUGUGAAGGGGAUUCAUCAGAGAAAAUGACUUUACCCCAGUCCUCAGCAGUCCAAUCCCUGUACCUUUUGCAGAAUAUCAGUCUAUCCCUGAUGUUUUUCCUGGAGAGAAGUGGCUUCUUUGCUGCCCUUCUUUACACCAGGCCAUCCUCCAAAAGUCUUCGCCUCACUGUGCGUGCAGAUGCACUCACACCUGCCUGCUGCCAUUCCUGAGCAAGCUCUGUACUGAUGUUGCCCCGAUCCCGCAGCUGAAUCAACUCAACUUAAAGGAGAUGGUCCUGAUGCUUGCUGGACUUUCUUGGGUGCCCUGAAGCCUUCACAACAAUUGAACCGCUGUCCUUGAAGUUCUUGAUGGGCCGAUAAAUGGUUGAUUGAGGUGCAAUCUUACUGGCAGUAAUAUCCUUGCAUGUGAAGCCCUUUUUUGUUCAAAGCAAUGAUGACGGCACGUGUCUCCUUGCAAGUAACCAUGGUUGACAGAGGAAGAACAAUGAUUCCAAGCACCACCCUCCUUUUGAAGCUUCCAGUCUGUUAUUCAAACUCAAUCAGCAUGACAGAGUGAUCUCCAUCCUCGUCAACACUCACACCUGUGUUAACGAGAGAAUCACUGACAUGUCAGCUGGUCCUUUUGUGGCAGGGCUGAAAUGCAGUGGAAAUGUGUUUUUGGGAUUCAGUUCAUUUGCAUGGUAAAGAGGGACUUUGCAAUUAAUUGCAAUUCAUCUGAUCACUCUUCAUAACAUUCUGGAGUAUAUGCAAGUUGCCAUCAUACAAACUGAGGCAGCAGACUGUGAAAAUUAAUAUUUGUGUCAUUCUCAACUUUUGGCCACGACUGUACUCGGGAGCGGUGCGUGAUGUGCCCGUCUACAGAGCCUGACCAGAAGACCGCUCCAUCUGCGGCGCCGUUGUUUUGGGUCGCCGGCUGGGAUCCAUCCAUUGUCCUGGGUGGUUGACCAGAGGAUCCGCUUCGGGAAAGUUUUAUUCCUGGUCGUAAUGUUGGAACGCGAAGCGAGGCGGCCAUUUCUGUCCACGCAGACAGUGAAGAGAGUAAAGGAAAUGACAUAACACAUCCACAUCAACACUAGGAUAUCAAAGACUGAUGUUUGUCAAAGGUUGAAAACAUGUUAGCAAUUCAAAGAAGUUCGAAAUGAUGCUUUCAGUAUGUACACUUCACUGGCUUUCAGUUUUGGGUAAAUGAGCCUCAUGAAAAUGGAAAGAUUAGUGAAAUCUAUGUAGGUAGCUGGACAGGUAGGAUGACUGACAGUGAAGGUGAACAGGUGGUCACGUGUCAGGCGACAGAGUAAUGGAUGAGACUGAGGCAGGAAUUCCUUUAACCAUAAAGUGGUAUAUUUACUGAGUAGUCAGUGCUGCAUAACAAAGGAAACAAUAACAUGUAUGCAAUCAAAUUCAUAAUCAAAGAUCAAGUCAUUAUUAAACAUAAUUAGGGAAUUCAACAAUCCAGUUCAUUAAGAAGUCAAUAGUAAUCAUCCGUGAGUCAUUUAGGCUCGUAACUAUUUAUCAUAAAUCAUGAAAGAAUACAAACAGUGACUGGUUAUUCAAUCUAUAAUCCCCAUUAGUUUGAUAUCAAAGUCGAUCAGUUAGCAAACAAUGACGUUUCUCAUUUCACCCUUUCAAACAUCUUCAUGUGUACAUGUAAUUAAUUUCAUUACAUAUUAACCAUAUCGAUUGCAUAAUUGGCCUAUGAUGAUCGGUAGGGCCGUGAUCAUUGACCAUUCACAUUACACAAUAUGUUUGAAGCGCGCGCUCCAAGCCGCGCUUCGCGGCAAUAACUACAAACAAUAGCUGAUGGCCCACUCUCCCGAUCGUAACAGAUAGUUCAGGUGAAAGGUAACAGAGUCGGUGGACUUACGUGGAUACAUGGACGCACAGAACUUCUGGAUCAGACUGAGUUAAGGAAGAGAAAGCAGCGAGAUCAAGCGAUGGCGUUUUCCUCUUAUGGGGAUGAGAUCUGUCGGUCAUUUCCACCUGACCUAAUUAAAGCUUCCUGGCCCAGUUGAGUAAGUGGCCAUCAAUUAAAGGAUUAUUCCACCAACUCCAUGCAUGGGCCUUUUCUACAAAAAUAUUCUCAGAGGAUGAAUGUUAGACUGGUAUGUCCAUGUACGCCACACUAUCUGCAACAAUAGCCUAUCAACACCAAGAUGUGCUUAUAUUGCUAAAGUGCUUCUGAAAUUAUGCCUGUGCAGGCAUCAAACCUUAACAGGAGGAAAUAAUUACAGUAUUUGUGAUGAGAAAUAGAACAGCACUAACAUCUGGUAGAUAAGGGUAAUAAGUAGCAAUACUUUCUUCAGAAAAUCAGUAUGUGCAGGUCAACGUGAAUAAAACAUUUUUCCAACUGCUACCAUUUGACACUAAAUUUAAAUAUGAAAUACUGCUUGUAUUUUGUUUUUAAACUUUUUACAGAGAUGAAACAAAUAUGUAGUUUGAUUCAUUUGUGAAAGAGAUGGGCUAUUUUGUAACCACUUUAUUUUCGUGGUGCGCUCAUCGCUUCUCCAAGCCUUUGAUCUAACCGCCCUUUUGAAAGCAUGUUCGAUCCUUCCCUCUGUCAGAUCGGGUUGCAAAUGAUAGAGCCACCCACAUGCAUGUGAGUUCUCGCCAUAGAGAUCAUGACUAGGAAAUAACCAAUUUUUGCAUGGACAUUGCCAGUAGGAAAAGUAAAUGGGUUGGAGCCAUCAGCUAAUGAUCAGAGAGCAUUGUCUUCUUAAAAUUGGUUUGCGUAGUUUGUAAAUGGCUUUAAGAUAUGACCGCCAUCUAGUGGCCACAAAUUAAAUACAAUAUUUGGUUCAACAUUCCAGCAUCGCAGGUGCAUCAAACUAAGAAGAAACUGUACUACUUUAAAUUAAAGAUACCCUCAAUGACGCUGCCCAUGCUGUCACAUACGCGAUAAUGGCACGUGGAGACCUACAACGUUGCGAUUUCUAUACUUAUCUAUGGUUCUCACUAAUGAGGAUUAAGGGGAAAACAGGUGUAUUCAUUAUGUCUUGCAACGGAAACCAUUUAUCGUUUAAGAACCAAAUGGUACGAAACAACGUGGGACCUACCUGAAUUUGUCCAAUAUAAACUCGUUUGUCAAAGCUUUUCCGUUUGGACUAAACGGUUUCUGUUGCAAAACAUUUAGCAGCAGACGAAACGUUUUGCAACAGAAUAGGCGUAAUGAAUACACUCCAUGAAUACCUACAAGGAAUGCAACUAAUUUCCUCAUCAGUAACUAUGCUAUAUCCUUGGAAUAUGCGACAGGCGUUUUUGAUUUCAUAGUUUGUUUUGUCCACCAUGGCAAAGCAGUACGACGUUUUGCUCAGGUUGCUGGUUUUAGGAGAUUCCGGUGUUGGGAAAACGUGUUUGUUGUGCAGGUUCACGGAUAACGAAUUUAAUUCAUCGCAUAUCUCUACUAUUGGAGUGGAUUUCAAAAUGAGAACAUUACAAGUAGAUGGCAUUAAAGUACGAGUACAGAUAUGGGAUACUGCUGGCCAGGAACGAUACCAGACCAUCACCAGACAGUACUACAGACGGGCACAGGGAAUUAUCCUGGUGUAUGACAUCACAAGUUCGAGCUCCUUUCAGCACCUUUUGAAGUGGGCUAGUGAUGUGGAUGAGUUCGCCCCUGACAAGGUGCAGAGGAUCCUGGUGGGGAACAAGGCUGAUGAGGAGCAGAUGAGGAAAGUUCCUAAAGAACAAGGAAGCAAGCUAGCAAAAACCUAUGGAAUGGAAUUCUUUGAGACAAGUGCCUGCACCAACUGCAACAUAAAUGAGUCAUUCAUCCGGUUGACACAGCUGGUUCUGCAGGCUCACAAGAAAGAGAUGGAUGCGUUCCAGGGUUCCACUAAUUUAUACCUAGACAUGACUUCUCUUUGUGGAGAGCAGGACAAACAGGACAAUGAUGCAAACUCCCCGAAGCCCUGCACCUGUUAGCCGAAGGGCAACGCUCUCAACCUGGGGGUGUUUGGCUAGAAGAAUGCCCUUGGCCCUGUGACAUAAUGGACAUUGGAAUGAGUAACUUAUGAAAUGUGAGAGUAUGUUCUGUGCUUACUGAAUAUUGCUGUUGCUUAUGCUCAGAUGAAUGCAUUAUCCUUUUUUGGCCUACUCACUGUUUUCUUCUUCAUUCAUAAUUUCAUAGUUACUUGGCUUUUUCAUGUUUAUUACCCUAUUCUGCAACACCUAAACUGAUGACACGCUGAGUUAAGUAGUCCACAUGUAAUAAGAACAUUUGCCAGCUGAGGGGCUGUUGUCUGCAAUACUCUGAAAGCUGCAACUCAGUUACUGGGUAUACUUAAGCCUUCUGUAUAAUUUGUGUUGCCAAAAUGUUGUGCUUCAUAUCACAAACAACUUUGCUGUCUACUUGAAAUAACAAAAAGUAUACUUACAAAGUAAUUUGCUAAAAAUAUGAAUUGUUGGACUAUAGUGAAAGACAAUCUGAGGCUCUUGAGUGGUCCUUUUAUGAGGAUAGGGUGGGCAGAGGGAAAGGCUAAAUUAUUAAUACACAGAAAUGGAAUCCAAGCUAGCUGGAAGGGAUAAUUUACCUAUGGAAGACUAACCCUUUACUCAGACAAGCAUUAAUGUUCAACUCAAUCUUUGAGUAUGUUGUGUGAAUUUCACUGCUAAUUCUAAGUGUUUUUUCCAGGUUGAAAAGCUGUAGCAAAUGCCACACUGGUGCGUACACUAUUAUAAAGGACGUACACAAAGUGCGUACACUAUUACAUAGCAUUAUAAAUGGCAUUUAGUGUCACUGAUUGCUGACUGUUUUGGUGAAGUUUUUUAAUAGCUGUGCUAGCUAUAAAAUGUAAUAUUUUGUGUGAAAUUAAAAGUCCACGUUAAUUUA